AUGAAUACGGACACGUCUAUUAACGCUCAAAUCGUGAACCAAUAUAAUUGGUCAAGGAAAGUAGAGAGUGAAAAAGUAACAUCCCUGUGUAUAUAUAGACCUGAUAGCACACUAUCAGUUAAGUUGGCAUCAGGUAUCAUUGUGUUGGUGAUGGGCGUGGCUGCCUGCGUGCAAGCUGCAGAAGAUGCUGUGUCUGAACAAAGAGUUGUUUUGCAUCUUCGGAAGAAUACAGCCAUCCAUACAAGCUCUGAAGGCAAAGAGAAAAAUCAUAUGGAUAAAGAAGAAUCGUAUCCAUCUUAUGAAUUUUUCUACAAAGUGAAGGAUCCGCAUACUCGUGAUAUAAAGGGUCAACAUGAAGAACGAGAUGGUGACAAGGUUAAGGGUAACUAUUGGCUCAUUGAACCCACUGGCCGCAAAAGGACUGUCAAAUACCAUUCUGACGAUCAUAUUGGUUUUAAUGCCAAUGUAGAUUUUUCUGAAAAUGGAUAUCCAUUGCAUCAAAAAGACCAGAACGAAAAAGAAGAACACAAUGAAAAGAAUAAUCACCAAGAAAACUAUGUGCAAAAUUAUGAGGUAACCGAGAUUAUUGAAAAAGAAGAAAUGAUAAAUUUAGAAAAAAAUGAAGGGAAUGAAAACAAUAAUGAACAAGAAAAGAAUGAGCCAAAAAUGAAUGAACAAAAAAAUAUUAACAACGAAGAAAAUGAAUUAAAAAAUCAAGAGGAAAAUAUUGUUAAAGAAGGUAACAAUUCAGCGGAAAAAAACAAAGAAGAAACUAACAAUGAAAAUAAAGUGCAAGUAGCUGAUGCAGGUGAUAAUAACGAAGCCUUAAAUGAAAAAGCUCCGCAAGAAUCAGAUGAACAUUGUAAAUGUAAUGAACGCCACAAAAAGGAUCAUGGCAGUCAAAUAAAUAAUAAAAGAAGGGACGCUAACAGUGAUAGGGAGAUGAGAACACGCAGUAAACGCAGAAACAAUGACCGCGGCGUUAACAGUAAGAAAAUAAAUAAUUUAGAAACGCUUAAAACUAUUGAAUCCGAUCAAAAGAAUUAUGGAAGAUCGAGGGCAAACAUUGUAAAGAAAAAUAUAGAAAGUGAAAACUUAAACGAUGCGGAAAAGAAAUUUGAAAGCUCCGAUUAUGGCAAACGAACACAUGAAGUGGAAAACAGUACUGUAAAAGAAUCUGACCCUGUCGAUCAAAAUGAAAAUGAAGACAAGUAUCAGCAUCGUAUCCUCAUUCAUCAUCCAAAAAAUGUGAAAGCGUUGGCAAAGAGAAAUUAGUUAUAGUUUAAAAUUUACUUUAAAUAAGGUAUCAACAAAAAAAUUACUUGACUGAAUGCAACAUUCUGUUAAUGACGGAUGAAAGGUAUUAUUUAAUUUAAGUAAUAAAUUUACAUGGGAUACAUAGCAUUCCCGUUUUAAUAUAGAAUAUUGCAAAAAUAGACU